UAUCGCCGCUUUAAGAGCGCUGCCAGAGUUCUGUCCGGGAGCAGAGUGCUGAUCGUUACUGUACUAGUCCGGGAAAAGGUCCGAUCAUCGCCGGGAACAUGGGACCCGUCCAGAGGAGGGUGUAUGUGGUGGGAGUCGGCAUGACCAAGUUUCUGAAGCCUCGUGAUGCCGUUGACUAUACAGACAUGGCAAAGGAAGCUGGGCAGAGCGCUCUUGCAGAUGCGGGGAUUCCAUACUCGUUGGUGGAACAGGCCUGCGUUGGCUAUGUCUAUGGUGACUCCACAUGUGGGCAGCGAGCAAUCUAUCACAGCCUGGGGCUUACAGGAAUCCCAAUCAUCAAUGUCAACAAUAACUGCUCCACUGGCUCCACCGCCCUCUUCAUGGGCAGACAGCUGAUUCAAGGAGGCCUGGCAGACUGUGUUCUAGCCCUCGGGUUUGAGAAGAUGGAGCGAGGAUCUUUAAAGCCCAAGUUUCUUGACCGGACUAACCCCCUGGAUAAGCAUGUGGAAGUUAUGGCAGGCAAACAUGGCCUGGAGCCCGCACCAUUGGCCCCCCAGAUGUUUGGAAGAGCUGGUCGUGAACAUAUGCAAAAGUAUGGAACAAAGCCAGAACAUUUUGCCAAGAUUGCAUGGAAGAACCACAAACACUCUACGAACAACCCGAACUCGCAGUUUCAAGAGGAAUACAGUCUAGAUGAAGUUCAAAAAUCCCGGAAAGUCUUUGAUUAUCUUACAGUUCUUCAGUGCUGCCCAACUUCAGAUGGAGCAGCCGCUGCUGUACUGGUUAGUGAGGACUUUGUUCAUAAACACAGUUUGGAGAGGCAGGCAGUAGAGAUCGUGGCACAGGAGAUGGUCACCGAUACCCCCAGUACAUUUGAGGAGGAGAGCUCCAUUAAACUGGUUGGCUUUGACAUGACGAAGACUGCAGCCGAUCGGUGUUAUCAGAAGUCCGGUGUGAGGCCAGAAGAUGUGGAUGUGAUUGAACUUCAUGAUUGCUUCUCUGCUAAUGAGCUCAUUACAUAUGAAGCACUGGGACUCUGUCCUUUAGGGCAAGCCGGGGAAUUGAUUGACAGAGGAGACAAUACGUAUGGAGGACAGUGGGUCAUCAAUCCAAGCGGUGGACUUAUCUCCAAAGGACAUCCUCUGGGAGCAACAGGCCUGGCUCAGUGUGCAGAACUCUGCUGGCAGCUCAGAGGUCAGGCCGGUAAAAGACAAGUUCCCGGAGCCAAGCUAGCCCUGCAGCACAACAUUGGACUCGGGGGAGCCGUAGUGGUCACAUUAUACAAGAUGGGAUUCCAGGAUGCAGAGCCCAGGUCCACCCGUAUCCAGCUGGCACCAACCAGUGCUGGAGAUGGAUUUAAAGCUGAAUUUGUGUUCAAGGAGAUCGAAAAGAAGCUGCAAGAGGAAGGGGAGCAAUUUGUGAAAAAGAUCGGAGGUGUGUUUGCCUUUAAGGUAAAAGAUGGGCCUGGAGGGAAGGAGGCCCUUUGGGUUGUUGAUGUGAAGAAUGGAAAAGGAUCGGUGCACUAUGACUCAGAUAAAAAGGCAGAUUGCACAAUCACAAUGUCAGACUCUGACCUCCUGGCUUUGAUGACUGGAAAGAUCAAUCCUCAGACAGCUUUCUUCCAGGGCAAGCUGAAAAUCAAUGGAAAUAUGGGACUGGCCAUGAAACUGCAGAGCCUACAACUGCAGCCAGUGAAAGCCAAGCUGUAAAGUGAUCAACCACCACCAGAUAAAUGUGAAUCGCCAUUGCUGAAGUCCAAUGGAAUGAAGAGCUGAUGAGAUGGACUCAUUUGGGAUCAACCACUACCGCUACUGUCCUGCGACUGAGACGCGAAGAACCGUCUUCCCCUUUUAUUUCUGGAGGGGUCAGUAGCUGAUGGGGUCCCAAUUCUACACCUGUAUGUUCCGCUCUUCUGAUAAAUUGUGAGCAUUGCUGGCCUCUCUAGAAAUGACAUGGAGGGGUCGCCCUGUAAUCGCUUACCUUCAUCUCACCAAUACUAAUGGAUCUGAAUAACCUCCGAAGAAAAUCAAGAGUGUAUAAAUAAUUGAACUAAUUCCAUUGAUCACAGAAGUGAGCCCUUACCCUGAAAUCCUGCUCGGGUUCUGGAUUCAUGCACUGCGUUCUGCAGGACUCCAAUAUAACAGAAUGACUUUUUCUCUAAUAAUGACUUUCAAUAAAAAAAAAAAUACUAA